UUUUGAUUAUUUUUGAUUCAAUAGAAAAGGGUUAAUCAAUUUCAUUUCUCUGUUUCAGAUGGAUCCCUCAGACGAGAUAACAGAUUUUAAGAGGAAGCAGGAGUUCAUCGACCACCUGUACAACGUUGCCGAUUCGUCAUAUGGGAUGCCGACAAGCUGUCCGUGUGGUGGUAGAAUCAUCGACGAGGUUCGGGUGAAGGAGGAGUACGACACGCGUCCCGGGAAGCGCUUCUUCAGCUGCAUAAACUACGAGGCUGAUGGGUUGCAUUACCGUCAGCCUUGGGUUAUAGGUGUCCAGGAGGAGAUGGUACGCAUGCGUGAGCGUGUGGAUGAGGCUGUUGAGAUCAUCAAAUGUGUGCCCAUUCUCACUAAACAGAUCGAGAGUCUUGAGGCACAGGUUAAGAGGCUCACAUUGCUGCUUGAUAAGCUCACCGGUGACGUCUAUAACCUCACAGUCCAGGCGGCUGCUCUGGAGAAGGCCUGUUUCGACUGAAACAGAACAGGUAAACUUUCAAACUAAACUAAAGUAGAACUUAACUAGGAACUUGAGUAGGAACUGUUUCCGUGUAGAGUAGGAACUGAGACUUAACUAGGAACUCGAGUAGGAACUGUUUCCGUGUGGUUACUUGCUUCCUCUGGUUGAACUGAGACUUAACUUGUUCAUUAAAUAUCUAGAGUAGGGAGUGUAGUAGUACUUCAUUAAAUAUCUAGUACUAGUUUGGUUCCGCUGGCUGUGUCUUAAACGUUUUAGAGUUUUUUAGAAUUGAUUUGAUGUGUAAUGAAUGUCUGUGAACAAGUUGUUGUCUAAUUAAGUGUAAUGAAUGUUUGGUAGUUAGGAAACCACACGUAACUCAAACGCAAGUAGUUCUUUAAAAAAUACAUAAUCCUUUUUAAAACUUCUAACAAACAACAAAACACAACCCCAAACCAAAAUGGAUACGUUUUCACAAAGUUCUCCCGGUUUUGUGAACCUAUUAUCUUCCCAGUCCAGUAAAACCGUAGAAGUAGGGUCGUCUGAGGUUCCUAAACCGGCUGGUGAAAGGAGAAAGUGGACGACUCAAGAAGACAUUAUCCUCAUCAGUGCCUGGUUAAACACAAGCAAAGAUCCCAUAGUUAGUAACCAGCAGAAACUAGGGUCGUUUUGGAGAAGAAUAGAGGAUUACUUUAAUGCAAGCGCUCAGCUAGGUGGCUUUCUACCUAGAGAGUGGAGUCAGUGUAAGCAGAGGUGGGGAAGGGUGAAUGAACAAGUGUGUAAAUUUGUGGGAAGCUAUGAGGCAGCAUUGAAGGAGCAAUCAAGUGGGCAGAACGAGAACGAUGUCAUGAAGUCAGCUCAUGACAUCUUCUUUAACGACCACCAGGCGAAGUUUGCACUUGAACACGCGUGGAGGGAGCUGAGGUAUGAUCAGAAGUGGAGAUCGAACUCUAUAUCAAGAGAUGGUGGAAAGGCGAAAAUGAAGGAAGCUGCGGAGACGGUGCCUGACUCGGAUGAGGCUAGGCCUCCUGGCGUUAAGGCUUGCAAAGCAGCCAAACGCAAGAAGCCUGGCAAUGAAGCUGCAUUUGAUCGCCUGGAGAUCAUUCUAGAGAAGAAACAGAAUAUUUCGAAACAGAAAAUACUUGAUCGUCUCCUCUCUAAGAACAUAGCUACUCUAACUGAAGCUGAGGUCGCUUUGAAGGACAAACUUGUUUCUGAGAUGCUUUAGGUUGUUUAGUUGAAAAUUUCUUGAACUCUUUGUUUGCUUCUUUACUUGCUUUGAUAAUUUUACAACUGCUUUUGUUGACUGGAAACUUAUAUUCUUCUGUGUUAUUUUGCAGGUGAAAGGAUCUGUGGGGCCGUUGGUCACGGGCAUAUGGGAGAUAAAGUCUGGACUUGAUGGGUUUUGUAGGUGUCACGGGUAUUGUAGUAGUAGUAGUUCACGGGUUGUUCAUGUAGUUGUAGUACUACAUGUAUCUUUUGGGUCGCAGCAGGUCAGUGUUUGUACUAGACACUAGUGAUGAACUUGGUGUCACGGAUUGUAAUAUGAAGUGUAGUAUUUUGUUUGUCUCUACACUUCACGGGACUUGUAAAAGUUUGUUAUAAAAAGGACAAGUAUUUCUCUUCUCUCUAACAUGUGUUUAUGUUCUCUUCUCUCAAAUGCCAAAGCAUAGUUCUCUUCUCUGUAUCUACAAAUCAUAGUUCUCUCAAGGUCGAUACCCCUCCAUCUUGUUCUCUCAAACCAUCCGCCUUACUCUUGUUCUCUCAAACCAGCUGCCUCACUCUUGUUCUGUCGAACCAGCCAACCACUAGACACUCGCCGACUACAAAAUCGAGUGACCAAGUAAAAUCUAAAAUUCUUUGUUUUGUUAUCUAUAGUCUGUAAUUAAUGUUCCACAUAUAAGUUAUAAUUAAAAACGAAAAAAUGAAAUUCCAAGAUUUAUUGAAAAAAAAAAAUUAAUGUUCCACAUAUAAGUUAUAAUUAAAAACGAAAAUAUGACAUUCCAAGAUUUAUUUUUUUUUUUUAAAUUAAUGUUAUAAUUAAAAACGAAAAUAUGAUAUUCCAAGAGAUAUUUAAAAUAAAAUUUAAUGUUCCACAUAUAAGUUAUAAUUAAAAACGAAUAUAUGAUAUUCGUAGAGAUAUUUAAAAUAUUUGUUUUUUUCAGUUAUGACAUCCUCAGAGUCAGAUGGCGUUGAUGAAGCCUUUGAAGAUAUGUUUGACGAAGAAUUUGAUAAUAUCAUCGACUCCCUACUAGAUGUUCAAACCAACAAGCCCAAAAAAAGAGCUUAUAUUGAAAGAGAUCGGGAACAAGGACACAUUCAACUAUGGAACGACUAUUUCCACGAAAAUCCCACUUACCCGCCGGUGAUGUUUAGGCGGCGUUUUCGAAUGAACAAACCCUUGUUCCUCCGCAUUGUUGAUCGCCUUACUACUGAAGUUCCAUACUUUCAGCAAAGAAGAAAUGCUCACGGCAGGUACGGCCUAUCACCACUUCAAAAAUGUACUGCAGCUAUACGUAUGCUCGCAUAUGGUCAAUCUGGAGAUACGUAUGACGAAUAUCUUCGACUUGGUGAAAGUACUGCACUUUUAUGUUUAGAACAUUUCACUAAUGGGAUAGUACAAUUGUUUGGAGUUGAGUAUCUAAGAACACCAACACCGGAAGAUCUUCAACGAUUACUCGACAUUGGCGAGAAGCGCGGGUUUCCCGGGAUGAUAGGCAGCAUUGAUUGUAUGCAUUGGCAGUGGAAGAACUGUCCAACGGCUUGGAGAGGCCAAUACACCCGUGGUUCAGGAAAACCAACAAUUGUCUUAGAGGCUGUGGCAUCAGAAGAUCUUUGGAUAUGGCACGCAUUUUUCGGAUUACCAGGUACCCUCAACGAUAUCAAUGUUCUUGAUCGGUCACCAGUUUUUGAUGAUAUACUGCAAGGUCGAGCCCCUAAAGUUAAAUUCAAGGUCAACAACCACACUUACCGUAUGGCGUACUACCUUACUGACGGAAUUUAUCCGAAUUGGUCAACAUUUAUCCAAUCCAUCCCACUUCCUCAAGGUCCUAAAGCUGAGCUAUUUGCCCAACGUCAAGAAUCCACCAGAAAAGAUGUCGAACGUGCUUUCGGGGUUUUGCAAUCGAGGUUUGCAAUAGUUAAAAACCCUGCUCUACUAUGGGACAAGGAAAAGAUAGGGAAAAUUAUGAGAACUUGUGUCAUAUUGCACAAUAUGAUAGUGGAGGACGAACGAGACGGAUACAGUCUUACUGAUACAUCUGAGUUCGAGUCAGGAGAGUCAAGCAGAGGUUCGAAGGUCAAAACGAGAGAAAGUUUGCAUGCACAUAAUAUGCUAGGCAUGCGCCAUGAACUUCGGGAUUCAGGAAAACAUGAUAGGUUGAAAGCUGAUUUAGUUGAAAAUGUAUGGCAAAAAUUCGGUAAUGAAUAAUCUUUCUAUGUUCAUCAAUUAUCAAUGUAAUGAAUAAAAUUUUAUAAAUUAUUAUAUUUUAUUCAUGUAUUAAAAAAAAAAUCAAAACUAAAUUUUUUUAAAAAAAUUAUUAUUUUAAUUCCUAUGAAUCCCUUCUUCGGGUUCACUAAUGGAGAAGUACAAAAUCAAGAAGUUCAUCACUAUUCAUGGUCCCACCAUAAAUAUAUUAAAAAAUUGGUAUGAACCCCAAAGGGGGUUCACCAAUGUAGAUGCUCUUACACUAUCUAAUAGAAGUUAGAACGAACUUACACAUCUGUUUGUGUUUUGGAAUUUCUAUCAUAUUUAUUCAUAUCCGUCAUAAGGAUAAUAUAGUCUCCGUUACCAAAUAUGAUAAAUCCUUUUCGUGGGCACGUGCGAGCAUAAAGGCUCGCCUGCUCAGUCGGGCUAACGUUUACUAUUUUCACCUCUUUUUCAAUAUUUAAAGUUUAAACUUCUAUCGAUUUUACCAAAGAAAAACACUGAAUUUGGUGAUGUAUCACUUUUCAAAAGUAUUAGACAACUAAUUGUCUUAUAUUUAUAUCCAGAAGCAAUACUGAUAUAUCCUAGUCCACACGACAAAUCAUCUUUUAUUUUUAAAAUUUAUAUAUGAUCAUUGUUUGUAUAUGCAAUAACGUAUGUGCAAAAUAAACGUUGUAUAUAUGAAUGCUUUUUUGUUUUGUGUUCAAGUUCAUUGUAUAGUAUGAUUUCUCACCGUAUUGCAUGUAUCAAAACCGUAUAUACGAUUGCAUUUAUGUUAAAAAUAUAUAUGUAUACGACUGCAUUUUAUCAUAUUUUAAAAAUAUGGUUACAAAGGCGUAUAUAAUAUGAGCAUGCACGCAAAUCAAAUAAGGUUGAAGAAGAAAGAGAGGGAGUAAGAAAGAAUGAUAUCAAAUGGGGAAAUUGCAGAAGAAUAAACGCACUCCGACGAAGAUUUGCCGACUGUCUCUUAUCUUUCUUUCUUUUUUUACUUUUACACUUUUACUUUUACCUUUUACUUUUGCAUGUACUUUAUUUUACUUUGAAAUAUUUUUGCGGAUAUUUUAGAAUUCCAAAGCCAAAACGCGAGUGUUGCUUGUGGGGUGAGCUUUACUUCACGCACUUCUAUAAAAAUAUCAGCUGAUGGGGUUUUGUGUAUAUAGCUUUAAAGCUUUUUAAUCUCAUUUCUGUUGUUCUCCCUUUUUGCGAGUGUGAGAACUGUGAAUCAAAAUCUCUUGCUAGUUGCUACUAUGGAUGAUAUGUUUAGUUUUUUUUUUUAAUUUCAAUAUGCAAAUCUUUUAAAUUUUCGAGAUUUGACCUACAAAUUUGUUCCAAUGAAAAAUUUGAUUUGAGCAUUACAAAUUUUUAGAUUAAAUAACAUCUAAGUUUUUCUAAAGUAAUGGUGAUUUGGUGAUGAAAAGCAUGUGUAUAUGGUAUAUUUCGUGGAUCUGUUUCACACUAAAAAUAUUUCAAUUACAUUUGGUGAAUCAAAGUGGGACGCCAUAAACUCAUUACGAACUCUUAAUUAAUCAGCUAAUUUACUUAUAAAUUAUAUUGGAAGGUUAAUCGGAGAGUUUAGGCCUGAUCACACUUAAUUAACAAACAAAAAAGUAUUCUAAGUAGAUUCUUAAACCACAUAAUAUUUAUAGACACUUAUAAGAAUAUUUCAUAAAUUCAAAAGUCUUUUAGUCUCUUAAAAACUUUUUCAAAUCAAUAGUUCUUUAAUUUAUUUUUAAUAAAUAAAAAUUAUAUAAAAUUAUAAAUUAUUUUCAAGUUUCAACAGGGAAAUUUUUGUUUCAAGAAAAUUACAAAUAUUAGAACUUAACAUUUUAAGAUAUUAGUAUUUUGCACUAUUUUUCCAAUAGUAUUUUGCACUCUAAUUUCGGAUUAUGCUGUUAAUUUCAAACUCAAUUAGGAGACGAAUCAUGUAGAGAUAAAUAAUUUGUAGGCAUAUACAAUUAUAUUAGCAUGAACAUUUUGCAAUGGGCAUGUUAUUAUGCAUGUUUCAUUACGUGAAUUCAAAUACAUAUAAUGUAUUAUUGUUAAAAAAAAGUACGUCAUAUCUCAGAAUCAUUAGAUGAUAUCCAAUAUGGCUGAUGCUUUUAGUCUCACUUAAUUAUCAAUAAUUCAAUAUAAUGUUCUCUAUGAUGGAUACACUUCAGUGGGUUAUGUAGCUGCUACUAUAGGAAUGUACGUCGCAUAUGCCAUUAAUGCAUGUUUAAUAAAGUUGUCAUGAAAUCUCUAUGCUUCACACUUCAGCUAAUUCUAUGUGAAUGUUAUAUGUCACAUGAGGAUAAAUGGUGUGUUACUACAACUUUUUUUGUGGUCAAGAUGUUGCUAUGAACUUAUGACUACCGAAAUGUUUUCUACAAGAAACAACUCGUAUUAAAUUUGUUUUAUGAAAAUUUUCUGAAUUCAAGGUGAUAAUUAUAUGUGUAUGUAUACCUCUAAACCAUAAAUAAUGACGUUAAACAGCAUAUAUUUUCGUAUACCUGAUGGUAUAAAUGAUAAUGGAUCGAACUAAAGUGUUGUUUCCCAUUAACUUCGAAUGUGCUAGAUUCGAUUCUUCUUUUCAUCGAAUUUCUGCAGAAGAAGAGUACUUAUUCAAUUAAAAGCAGAAAGAACAAGUCAGGCGGACGAACACUAUAAGAUACAAAUGUGUAGAACACGAAUUUGAAGCAUAUAUCAUUGGUGUAAUUUGUGUUUGUGAGAAUAUUGGCCCACAUGAUAUAGAUUAGAUAUUUUUAUUCUUUUCUAAGUGGUUCAGAAAAUAAUAUUAGCAUGCUUUUGUAAAAAGAGAGGCAAACAUCAACGUUUUAAUUCGGCCACUUUAAAAUUUAUGUGGCGCAAAUUAUUGAGCAAUAUGAUUCUGCUUCUGAAUAAUCGACUAUUAUAUAUGACAGAUUUCAACUAUUAUAUAUGACAGGUUUCAACUUAUAGUAAUAAAUAAUCGACUAUUGUACUCCAUGCAUAUAAUUUUAAAUAUCGUUUAUUUAUUUUUGCAUAAAUUCACAAAGUAUUAAUUUGUAUUAUAUAUUUAAAUAGUAAGCUAUCUAUUUAUUUAAAACAAUGUAGUAAAACUCAAAAAACUCAUUUUUUUCUAAAUCAACAAUUUAACUAAAUUAAGCAUAUAAUACAAUAAAAAUAAUGCAACAGCCACUUUUUCUUAAACAUAUACUGUUUGAAUGAUAUUUUAACUAAAUUAUAUACAUACUAUGAAAUGGAAGAGUUAGAUAUUCUUCUUACUAAUAAAUUUGGUAAUAUUAACGGGAGAAUAACUUAUUCAUGGCUCAACUUAGCUCAAAUGCGACAAUUAAUAUAUGAACUCAAAUACCAUUAUAUACGUAUUUUAACUAGACUGUUUUCACAUUUAUAUUCUUAAAUUAGAUUUUUGGUAUAUCUAUUUUGAGAAAAUCAAAUGAUGAGGUGAAUCAGCUGCCACUUCAAAUAAAACAAUUCAAACUGCUGAAUUAUCGACAACUUCAGUUAUUACGUUGUUAAUAACUAGAAACAAAAAUCUAUAUAAUCUAAUAAAUUUAUAGUUUCAGUAAUCUUAGUAAAAUAUAAGUUUAUAUAUAAAUCGCAUUUCUUAUACUUUGAUUACUACUGUUAAAAGUUAUUUUUAUCUGUCAUCAUUAAUAAAGCACAAUAAAAAAAAGUACUCAAAAUUUGAUACAAAUUCGUUGAGCCAGGCAAUACAUGUCUAAAACCAAAUAUCAUAAUGAUAUAGAGUUAGAGGAUUCACCGAAAGGUACAUACGGUACGGAGGUUGGAUCACAACUAUACUAGAUCCGAAACAAACCUUCACCACUAAAUUAAGAGAAACUGAUUUCAAUGUUGGUUUAUCUGGAUUCGAACAUGAAUAACAACGAUCUUUUUUGCUAACGGAAAACAUUUAUUGUGUAAUAUGGACCAAACAUGUGACCGGGUGAUUGUGGUCGAGUGGUAAGGAGACGGGACUGAGACACCAACAUGUUUCAGGUUCGAUCCACCUGCUGCGCGAAACUAAGUCACAAUUAUCCUGGUCACCCAACACGGAUAUGGGCCCAUGCUUUAGGGCCCAUUUGAAUACCCGGAGAGAGGGUCUAUCCGUGGGCUGCACCUCCCCUUGGGGAUUAGUCUGGGCCUCUCCAUGGGCCUGGGAUACCCCCAGGUUA